CUUGAGCACUUGGAGUGCUCCGCACCUGAUGGAGGAUGCGAGUUCCAACGAGAGCGGCGGCACUUCAAUCCGCGAGGUGUGCGAUGUCGAAGGGUGCAAAGGCAUGUCUGGUGUGGCCGUGUGGAAGUGUCAGCGCGAGAACUGUCCACAAGUGGUGCAUCAUGGAUGCGCCGUCGACAUUCUGCAUUGUGUAAUUGGCACGUACUUUUGCAGUGCGACGUGUAUGUCAUUGGGGACGGAAGCAGCAUCGACUCUUCCGUCUAAGAUCGUGCCUGGCGUCGAAUUCACGACGUUCGAAGAAUUGCAAGCGGCGAUUCGAGAAGAUGGCGCGCGGUUUGGUGUCAAGAUCAACCAGAAGCAAACGCAUCUCAUGGACGAUCGCGCGUUUGUCAUCUUUGGACACAAGGCGAUUCAACGAGGUGUGUUCUACUGCUCCCAGCUCCAUUGCCCAUACACGCUGCGAUUUUCGUAUGACUUUGGGAAGAUGCGGUACUCGAUUCGCAACAGUUCGUUCCACGGCUUACACAACCACGGCGUGAAGCACACUGUGCACGCUCGCGGCAAGGACAUUCCAUUCGACAACGAGUUCACGACCAUCGAUCCCCUUCCCGACGGCAUUGAGCGCUUUCAGUGCCGCCACUGCCGAGUCAUCGUGUUGAAGAAACCAUCACGGCUGAGCCACCUCAAGGACUGCCUACCAUACCGAGCCCACCUCGGCCUCGAGCAUGGUGUCGACGACGCCUACAACAGCGAUGAAGGUGGAUGGGCGAGUCGGCCAGGCAGCGCCGAGUUUCGCUUCUUACCGUCGGAUGGUCAAGCAAGCAGCCGUCUUGAGUGCAAGCACUGCGGCGCUCAUCUCAACACGAAGUCGAACCGCCUCCUCACGCACCUCCGCGACUGUGCCGUUUACCAAAGUGGACAUUCGUUGACUACAAACGAUAACGCGCAGUCCACCAGUCUAGACGACGUGUUGCCAUCGGCGGCGUCAGUGCGCUCAGUUACGACAUCCAUUCGUCUCGACUGCCGGCCAUUGCACCCCGACCAGCAAACCCCGUUUCAUCUUGACGCGUCCAUGAGGCCAUCAGAUCAGUCGACUGACCAACGGUGCGAUCAUUGGGGGCUCUUUGACUUGUCUAGACCUGCCAAACGCCUGCGUUCCGGCCAUCCUGCUGCAGCGGCAUCUUCCCAAUUGAUCGGUCGGUUCUCUCUUGAGCCCAUGCACAUGAAUGUAGGCGGCGUCUGUGUGCCCGUGGGCCUUCUUCGUUCGCUCACGUCGGACUGGCUCCAUCCUGGCGCGACCACGUCAUGUCUCGUGCAUUUUGUCCGUGUUUGCCAGAAACAGAACCAUGCCUUGGCUGUCAUCCCUGCCGAGAUCGUUCGCGAUGCCAACACCGCCGCCGCUGCACGCGCCAUGGGCUUCACGGCGAUGCCGUCUUGGUUUAAACACACGUUUGCAAAAACCGCGCUGCUUUCUCAAGAUGCUCCGUACCCUCGUCAUCUCUUGAGUGUCUUGGACGCGUCGGAAGACUCGCAGGAUGUGCUCGAGUGCCUCGGUCGGAUCGGCAACACUCGCCAUGGCCGACUCUUCCAGUCGUCUGAUGUGGUGGUCCCACAGCUAUGGGCGAGCUCCAGCCACCGCCUUGUGGGCUGCCGAGACUUGCGCGGCACUCUACGGGGAUUCUUUAUCUCGAAGCUGAACUCAGAGUUGCGACAAUUGGUCAUCGAAGACCUCGUGUACGAAGAUGUUCGAAUCUUGGCGGGUCUUCUGGGAUUUCUGUCGACGCAAGAUCACGCGGAUACGAUAGAGCUAUCGACACCAGACCCGCACUUCCUCCGACUCUUGCGGCAUCCCCCCACGGCCACCGACAUCGUCCACUCGUCCGUCUUCGCUCGCAUUGUCCACGUCAAUCCAUUCGUUGCCACUCACAUGCGUGCGCGCAAUUUCAACUUUGCCUCCGGUAUCGUUCUCCAACUCGUCGUGCCAGACGCGGCCCUUCCAUCGACGUCGUCACUACAUCCACACAACCACCCGCCCAGCAACACGACGACGACUCUGCUCGUUUGUUUUGACGGAGGACAUGCUCGCGUGGAGACUUCAACAACGCUUAGGGAAGCACUUGAAGUACGGCUCCAACUCAACUUGGAAGCGCUGACCGCUCUCAUGUUGGGAUGUGUGCCGCUCAUCAAGUUGUUGCAGUGGGGGCAGGCGCAACUGACUCCGUCCGAUCCGAGGACGUCGCGGCUACUGACCCGUGCUUUCGAAGUCGAUGACGUACCAGCCAGUCGCGCACCGUUCUAGACCCAAACCCAAUUUUCACGCAACAUUGGAAUUAUUUCAGA